UGGUUUCUGGUGUCUAUAUAAUCGCGCACAUUUGAAAUUUUCAACAUUCAGAGUUUUGCUCUUUUGUUCAGUCUAUCAACGUAUUAAUUGAAAAAAUGACAGGCCGUGGUAAAGGAGGGAAAGGUUUGGGAAAAGGAGGAGCAAAGCGCCAUCGCAAAGUUUUGCGUGACAACAUCCAGGGAAUCACGAAGCCCGCCAUUCGUCGUCUGGCCCGUCGUGGUGGAGUCAAGCGUAUUUCUGGCUUGAUCUACGAGGAAACCCGAGGUGUCUUGAAGGUGUUCCUUGAAAAUGUCAUCCGUGAUGCUGUCACCUAUACUGAGCAUGCCAAGAGGAAGACUGUCACUGCUAUGGACGUUGUCUAUGCUUUGAAACGUCAAGGACGUACUUUAUAUGGUUUCGGAGGUUAAAUUCAGAAUUGAUUGUACACAAUCGGCCCUUUUCAGGGCCA